AUGUUCAUUCCUCUGUGUUCCUCAGUGUCUGCCCAUCCUCUUCCCUACGAAUUGCGCGCGCAACGCUCCAUCUCGCUGUCUCCAAAACCACAACCACAACCACCGUUACGGUACGUGCCAGCUCAAUGGAGUACUGGGAACCCGAUGAGCAGCAUCUCGGUGACCUCGGGGUCGCCGGCAUCGGCCGCGAGGCCCUCCGAGUUCUCAGCGCCGUCCUCCCCAGCUUCGUCUCCCACGUACCCAACAUAUUCGUCUUCCUUGCCCACGUCUUCGGAUGCGUCACGGUCUUCUCCAGCCUCGUCUCCGGCGACCUCUCCAGGCUUCUCCACCUCUUCUUCUCCCCGUCCUUCUUCUACUUCCUCUGCGAUUCCGCCGUCAUGGAAGGGUACGACAUGCUGUUCGUGCUCUCCGUCGCCUCCUUCUACCGCAACAAGGGCGCCGGCCGGGCGGGGCCCAUGGCCAUCCCACGCCUCCUUAGACGCAUCAAUCGCGACCAGCGCCUCCGGCACUGCGCCACCUUCCUGCUGGCUGUCACCGCCUUCGGAGCUUACGCCGCCGUCUUCGGGUCCGCCUGGCGGACGCUCCGCCUGCUCGAUGCUCCGGGCGAGAUCGUCCUGCCGCUGCGACUGCUGGGCGGGGCCGCGUGCCUCGCCGGGGCGGUGUACCUCGCCGUGCUGCAAAGCCUCUCUGGUAGUAAUGCUAAUUAAGUUGUCUUUCUACUGGCCAAUUAAGCUUUUCUUCGGUAUAAUAAAACUAGACAAUUCAGCUACAGUGCUUUUUGGAUUGCUAGUUGUGGAACUCUGCUUGCGAUGCAUGCGCUUAUUAGUAUUGGAUAUGUGUUUUUAUGGUUGGAUAUAUCUUGUUUGGUAA